GUAGGCGGAACAGUGUUGUCCAAUUCAGAUGAGAGCAAUUUGACAGGCAAAUCGUGUAAAACCUGUCACAAGCUGCAGAAGCUGCACGAAAACACGAUGCCUGUCUGCAUUUAGCUCUACGAUGGAGGUGCAGAUGAGAAUUAUUGUCCUUUGUUUUGUGAUGAUUUCAUCUGCGACGGAUGAAGUGAAGAACCUGACGGGCGCUGAGGGAGGAUCCAUCACUCUACCUGACCCUGUUGUGGAGUUGGGAUUUCUUUCAUUAGGAGGAAAGCCUAUUGCUAUGGUGACUGAGAGGAAAAUCACAAUAUUGGAGGAGAUUUAUAAGGACAGACUUCUCUUGAACAGCAACACUGGACUCUUUACACUCUCGGGCCUGCAGAGGACUGACUCUGGGAUUUAUUAUAUUGACUCUAAAAAAGGAAGAGUCUUCACUAGCUCUUAUAAACUCACUGUGUAUGAGUCUGUCCCGACUCCUGCAGUGAAGGUAACAAGUGUGAGCGCUGACAGCUGCACCUUACUGUGUUUAGUGGAGAAAGCCGAAGAGACGUCACUGUUGUGGUACAAAGACGAGGAAAUAGUGAACCAGAGCAGCUCUGCGCUCUCUCUGCCUCUCACAGUACACAAGCAGGACUUCAGCUCCUCUUACAGAUGUGUGGCAGCCAACCCUGCUGAAAAUAAGACUCAUGCAGUCCAUGUUUCCACAUCCUGCAGUGGACAAAACGACACGGCGACAGACACAAGACAUCGUAAGACCGAUUCUAACACUGAAUACAAAAAUAUGAUCGGAAUUGCAAUCUCAAUAGUGGCUACUGUAAUUAUUAUACUUGUUGCCUGUAACAUCAAGUGGAAAUAUUUUGACAAGAGGAGAACCAGACAAGCACAAGAUGCAGUGAACAGAGGAUCAGAUGUGGAGUACAGUGACAUACAAAUAUGUGAAGACAGACGCAGUCAGGGAGAAAAUGUACAAGAACCAUCAGGAAAUGCUGAUCACUCCAAUCUGAAAACAAUCUAUUAUAAGCUGGAGGCUCAACGCUUGGUGCCGAUUUAUACAGACACUACGGAUGUUUAUGAAAUAUAAACAACAAUCUUCCCAAAUACACGAGAAACUGAGAAAUUCUAGAGACGGGGAAAUAUAAAGGUCUUGAUAUUCUCACAUCGACACUGUUUGAUGAAUCCCUUUCAUUACUUUUACAUGUGUUGUAUUGUUUUUGUUGUAGUGCAUUUUCUUUACUGAAUAUUUGUCUCCCAUCAUUAACGGUUACUGUGCGACGCUUGAUACAACAAGCUCAUAAAUUUCAUCCGUUGCCAGGUUAUAGCCACAUUUUAAGGUCAUACUGCGAUUUCAAAACAAAGUGUGUUGUCAAACCUUGCAGAUGAUAAAGAUGUGGCGUAUGAAAGCAUUGUAGAUGCUAUAAAUAGCAUCCCUGAUGAACUCCCCACCCACACUUCUCUAUUUUUACAGUUUUCGAAAAAGGAAUUCAAGAUAUUAAUCUGAAAUAUAAAAAUAUUUUUAUUGAGACGGCAACAAAAAAAAAUGGAAAUUAGAAUCCACAGAAGAUAAGAGAAUUAGACAAAUUAAAAAAAACCUGUGUGUAAUGUAAGCUAACCUUUCCUGUGCUGAGCAACACAAAGUACUCUGUCCUCUCUGUCCCCGUCCGCCAUCUGUCGUUCAGGUGACAGUUAUGGUUUGAGGCCUGCAGGCAGGUGCAGCAGAUACUGUAAUCUAACAAAAGGGAAUUUUUUUUUUUUUUUUUUCCCACAGGAAGGGGGAACAGAGACAGACAAUUCCCCACAUUCACACGGUGGCCAUUGUCCUGUCGUCUGCUCAGGGUGGGAACCGUGAUCACUGUCGAGUUAAGCCUGUGCGACAAUGGCAGUGGGAGCAGUAGUAAUAACAGUAGUUAACUUUUUAACCAAAUUAAAAAGUGCCGACCAAUCUGGACUCAGGUUUUUGUCUUUAACUAGUCCUUUUUCUUUGCAUGUUGUGCACUAGUCAUCAUGUUGACCUGAGGAACUGCAGUUAGUGUGACUUGUGGCUGCGUGUUGUCGCUUACAUGUUAACUAGUUAACUAGUUAUCCUCAAAAUGUCCACUAGUCCAGUUACAGGAAAUCACACAAUCCAGCUGUCAACCAGACUGUAGUUGUAGAGAUCGGAGACUUCACCUCAUCACUUUUACUGAGUCUCCCUCCUGCCACCUACUGACACUUUAUGAGCCUGACACCCACUCACUGGUAGAUUUUUCAGUCAUUUCAUGUGUCUCAUUAGUUCCUUAGUGGCAAAUAUGACACACAGUGCUUUCAGGUGUUUUAUUUAGAAAUUAUAACAAAAGGGUAUUAUUUGGUAAAGUGUUAACCUGUCACAAUGCAGACACCAGAAAACUUCUAAUUUAACCUGUUAUUUUUACCAUUGUGUUAAAUCAUUGACACAAUUGACAUUGAUCAUUCACAUUAGUUUUAAAAAUUGUUGCAGUGUUUAUAUAGUUCUUGCAUUUAACUGCAAGUGUACAUUUUUAAUUUUUAACAUGAUUAUUAAUAAUUAUUACUGAUUAUAUCAGUUUAAUAUAAGUGUGUGUAUAUAUAUAUUUUUUUUUAAUAGCACAAUUCUUCUCUUUAUGUAAAUGUUUUUAUUUCACACUUGCUUUGGCAAUCUUAAUGUUAGCUUCCCAUGCCAAUAAAGCCCCAUUUAAUUGAACUGAAAUAUAUAUUUCACUCUGCUGAGCUUGACAUUUGUGGUUCAAAGUCAAAAGGAUUCAUCUUUUGUGGUCCAGAUAUUGCCAUCCCUAAAGCUAUAAAACUCCAUGCUCCUGAAAACUUCUAUGUUACAGGUGCAUCGGAUUUUAUUUAGCUGCAAUUGUGCACUCUUUCAUCAUGUUCUCUAACUUGAUGAACAGCAUGUGACAAUUCAUAUUGUUACAAGGAUUUAAUUUGGAUUUGAAUCCCGAUGGCAAAGUUUGAUGAAUGCCAUAACUUACACGUGCAGGUUUUUCUAAUUUCUUGCCGCUGUAAUUCACCUGAAGUGUUUCUAAAAAAUGUCCAUGUUUUAUUGUUUCACAAUUACUUUUUUCAUAUUAUUUCUGUCCUUAUUACUCAUGGGAAUAAACAUACUUCAUCAUCGCCAUCAUCAUAAUCAUCUAUAAGAUCCACCAUUAGGUAUGUACAAACCCCAAUUUAAGAAAUGUUUUAUAAUAUUUUCCAAAAUGCAAUAAAAACAAAAAUCUGUGAUUUUGUUAAUUCAUGUGAACCUUGAUGUAACUGACAAGUAAAAAGAAAAGAUUUUUACUGACCAGCAUUCUGUUGUAUUUAAUUGUAUUUUUGUAAAUACAAAGUAAAGUUAGAAUUUCAUGCCUGUAACACACGCAACAAAAGUUGGGACAGCGUUUUGAUUGAAAAAUACACAGAAUGUUCUAGUAA